UUCCAUUCCCUGGAAGACUGUAAAGGGUACCUGGAACAGUUCUUUGCUCAAAAAGAUAAAAAGUUUUGGGAAGUUGGAGUUAUGAAGUUGCCUGAAAAAUGGCAGAAGGCAGUGGAACAAAAGGGUGAAUACGUUCAACAAAGUUCUUGGUGAAAAUGAAAAAUGUGUCUUAUUUUUACUUAAAAACCAAAGGCAGUUUUUGGCCCACCCGAUAUACAAAUCCUUUCUUUAGGGUGCUGUUCUAGGGACAUUAGUUACUCUCUGUGCGGAUGAAAAGCAGUUUCCUUAGGUUUUGUAUUUGUUGCCCAUUUGGUGGUAACUAUCUAUGGAGGACUUAUCAAGUAUGAUUUAUCAAGUAUGAAAAUUAACUAUGAUUCAGUAUAUGAAACUACCUUUUUUUUUUUUCAUGCUUAACUUUCACUGUGCUUUCUGUGUAUCAUUGAUCAACAAUCCUGUGAGGUAAACAUCCUCAGGAAACUGAAGCUUCAAGAAGUUAAGCAGUAACUUCACUGAGAGCACAGAACCAGUGAACAGCAACUUUAAAUCAGGCCUCAACUCUUAACACCUAUAGUCUAGUCUCUACGAAAGGCAGAAGUAUGUAACCUAGGCAUUUAUUGAUACCCAGAAGUCAUACAUUGUGCUGUCGAUAAGGAUUCAAAAGAGAAUGGUGUUAUUGUCUCUCUUUUCAAAGAAUUUACAUUAUCUCAACAGGGUGGGGAGAGGGUCUUCAUCAGGGAAACAAAUUCUUGCAAUUCAAUAUGAUUAUUUCUUGAUAAAACAAUUACAGCUUAUUUUGUUUUAUAUAAUUUUUAUGUCUUGAAAAAAUAAUUUCAUUUUCAGCCACAGAUUUGGGAGAGAAGAUCUGAUCACCUGGAAUUAAAGUUGGCACAGAAACCUUUUCAACUCCAAAAAUGUUGGAGGAAGAUAUGGAAGUGGCCAUUAAGAUGGUGGUUGUAGGGAAUGGCGCAGUUGGAAAAUCAAGUAUGAUUCAGCGGUAUUGCAAAGGCAUUUUUACAAAAGACUACAAGAAAACCAUCGGAGUUGAUUUUUUGGAGCGACAAAUCCAAGUUAAGGAUGAAGACGUCAGGCUCAUGUUAUGGGAUACGGCAGGUCAAGAGGAGUUUGAUGCAAUAACGAAGGCCUACUACAGAGGAGCCCAGGCCUGUGUGCUUGUAUUUUCCACCACAGACAGGGAAUCUUUUGAAGCGAUUUCCAGUUGGAGAGAGAAGGUGGUGGCUGAAGUUGGAGAUGUACCAACUGUGCUUGUCCAGAACAAGAUCGAUCUUCUGGACGACUCCUGUAUAAAGAAUGAGGAAGCUGAGGCACUGGCAAAAAAGUUGAAGCUGAGAUUCUACAGAACGUCAGUGAAAGAGGAUCUGAACGUGAGUGAAGUUUUUAAAUAUUUGGCUGAAAAAUAUCUUCAAAAGCUUAAACAACAAAUAGCUGAGGAUCCGGAGUCAAUGCAUUCAAGUAGUAACAAAAUUGGUGUCUUUAGCACGUCUGCUGGGAGUCACUUGGGUCAGAAUUCAAGUACCCUUAAUGGUGGAGAUGUCAUCAACCUCAGGCCCAACAGACAGAGGACCAAGAAAAACCGAAAUCCUUUUAGCAGCUGUAGCAUACCCUAAAACGCUUCAGCAAGGAAGAAAUGGAAUUAUAUUGUGCAGUAAGAUACAUCCAGCUGUCACGGUAUGUUACACGAUUUUUUCGCAGACUGCACCUAAUGGCUCUCCGAAAGUUGACAGACUUAAACGUUGUUCUGCAGUGCUUUUCAGAAUGGAGCAAGAUCUCUGGUGGAAAAAUUAUUGCCCUGUGGACUCAUUUUAAUUUUUUUUACAUUAGACGAAGCUUCUCCCGUUUUUGAAGGAAUGCUAUAAGAAAUAUCAAAAACAGGUUUUGCUGAAUUUGAAAUGCUGGAAAAUGUAAAUGAAAUGCCUAAAUAUAUUGGUACAGAUUUUAAUAUUAUGGGUCAAGGAAAGAUAGCAAGCGUUCUUUCUCUGAAAUUGGUCAUCUAGCUUUUCUGGGAAGUAGUAGUGAAUGUGAAUACUUACAAGAAUAGUAUUGAAAGGUGAAGCCUGAUCUUGCCAGAAUGCAUUAGUGUGUACUCUGGCAGUGUUACUUGUGCAAUAUCUGUAGAAGUGGAACAUGGAGUUAUGUGCUCCCACAGAUCCCUGGUUCUAGAGUAAGCAGGUGUGUGCAGUGUUUAAGGAAACAUAGAAUCUAACUCAUUCAUUCAUGAAACCAUUUACACAUUUAUGUGUAUGUUCUAACUUUUUAUUUUCAAAUGAGAAAUUCUAGACAGAUAUUUUGCAAAAUGAGCUCCGAUUUAAAAAGUGCUUUGUGCCAAAAAUACCAUACCUAAUUUUCAGUGCUUUAUCAGAAUUUAUAUUGUUGAUAAUCUCUUUUAAAAGCAGUUUUCCUCUCUGACAGGGCAGAUGAAAGCGGAGUGUCUUUUAAGUGCUAGAGCCCCUCCCAGGUGGCGCUGGUUGCAGAAUCUUUUUGUGUCCCUGCAUACGUGUGGCAGGCUUGAGCUGGCAGCCACAGGACCCCUGCCCUGUGCAGCAUGGCCGCCUCGUACGCAGCACCUUUUGCUGUUGACAAUGUAAUUCUGAACUAGGAUUAUGCUAAAAUUUUUUUAAAUACACAAGAGGCGAUCUUUUGUCUUUAAACCGCAGCACAGAUUUUAUAACGCCCUGCAACUCUAAAGCAUCUUUUUGUUUACAUUUUUUGUAUGAUAUUUUGAGAUUAUCAUUUAAAAAUUUCUAUAACCUUCAGUUUGUAUAGCACUUUCUCAAGAGCUCUGUCAGCACCAAAUACAAAAUAAUUUCUUGUAAUAAGAGAUUUUAAUGUGUAAUCAUGGGGCAGAGCAUACAUUUUGUGACUUGGGGCAGCAGCUCUCCAACUCAGUUAAUUGCAUGAACUCUGGUAACUGAUUAUCAUUCAUCAAUGACUUGUUUUUAACCCCUUGCAAUAUACUGGUUUUUAUAGGAUUUAAAAAUCUGUAAAAAUAACUUUUCUUGGAAAAUGUGUCACAAAGUCAUUUUUCAUUAUUUGUACUAAAUGCAUAAUUUUUAUAUAUUCCUUUUGUAUGUUUUCUCUCUGUUUUUAAGUCUUCCAUCUGUGUCACUCUCAUCCCCGUCCAGGUUAAUAUUGAGAACAUGAUAGACUUUUCUAGGGCAUGUCUUUAAGUGGUCAGGAGUGAAGGUUUGCCUUUCAUAAUACUGAAAUAAUCUGGCAUUAUCUAUUUCAAAGUAAUAUAAAAUGUUUAUUUUUAUGUCACCAGUUGUCACCACUCCCAUUGCUGGCAGUGGGAUAGGUACUGGGGAAAAACUCUGUCCCUAACAAUGGGUACCCGCUAGUGAUUCGUGUUCCCUUUUCUACUCGCUGGAAAUACAGUCCCUUUAAUUUUUGCACAAAAUAUAUUUUGCAGCAAAUAGUCUUUAGUAGCAGAAAAAUCACAUUAUAUAAAAUAUUGUAGUUCUCUUUCACAUUAAUUAAGUGUAUGUGGGUAAAAGUUUUUUUCUGUAUAAAAAAGUCUGAUGAUGGUUGCAGUUCCCUUGAUACUUGUAAUCUAAUUUUAUGUACUUAGUUUUGUCCUUUUUUUUAAACAAGAACUGAAGAGAGAUCUUUGUUACACAUUUGAAUUUUUAAUUUGCAAUUCUGUAUUUUACCUAACUGUAAUUAGUCAUUUUAAAUAAUUAAGCAGGCCUGAAAAUCUGCCACAAGUGGUAUGUUAAAUACUUUCUCAGUUCUAAAAACAUUCAAAAUUGACCUUAAGUUCUUUCACCCUGAGGCCUUGAAUUCUUUUAAAUACCUUAACUACUAAUUUCUAAUGAACCAUGGAUGCUGAAGAAAUACUGAGACCCCAGGACGUUGUGCAUUUGCGCAGUAAUGUGCUUUUCUCUGUCGUGGCUCAUUUUGGCUGUGGCGUGGCUGCCAUGUCUGAGUCCUCAAGAUUCCUUUUCCUCUUUCAGUCUGCCUGUCAAAUUAACACCCUACAGCAUAGGCCACAUAAGGCGAUGCAGUGAAAUAAAACCAGGCUAAAUGGUUUCCUUCUUAUCUGCCCAAAGCUGACAGCACUCAUGUACGUCUUCAAAAUAAAGUAAAACUAACACUCCCAGAAGAGCCCCUCCGCUUGCUCUCCGGGUGCCUCAGAUGCUGGCAGCACAGUGCUUGGGAAGCAUUCACUGAUGAUCUCUUCUGUGCCACAGGGCUCCAGGGCUGGGGUCUCCUCUGGAGAUCCUGGGAUGGGGAAGUGGCCUCAGGACCUGACAUCCCAACUUAAAGGGAACUACUUUACUGUCAAAUAUUGUUACUUUUUUGUCUCCUUUUUAAAACCUUUGAAAUAGUUACUAGCAACUUGCUGAAGUGCUCCCGUUACUCUAUCACUAGGGUAGCUGUUUCUCUGAAAACAAAAUGAACUGAGAGGUGAAAAUCUGUCCCACACUGCAGUCAUCUAAUGAACAGAGAGAGUCUGGGGUGACGUGGCGUGAAUGGGAAGGGGAUUUCCAGAUGCUGACAGUCUUUGGGAACUUGAGAAAAGCCUGGUUGUCUGCUGAAUUUUCAAAACGCUGAUAAAGAAAAAGAUGGCGCAAAAAGAAAAUCUUCCAUCUCACAGUGAACCUGAUGAUAACACAUUCGUCUGACAAAUCCAGAGGCUUUUGCCAGAGUUAUCAGUGAGAAUUAAUGUUUCCCGUGAAAGAAGAGAUUUAAAUAAGGUGGACUUGGGCUGGCAUCAAAACUAUCAUGAAUGUCCUCAGACUGUAACUGCUUUUUAUGAGGAGACAUGUAAAUAUAUAAAACCAGUCUGCAGCUUGACUGUUUUUUUUUUCCCGUGUGAAAGAAUAUCUCUCUUUUAUUGAAAACUGAUGUACUCAUUUUGAAGUAGUAUUUGGGGAAGUUGAAGCUUUUGUGUAUCAAUAGCACUAAUUAUUUUGAACAAAUAAAAGUGUUCUAUAGUUGCUCCAUU